UUAUUAAUAUUCUAAAAUCAACGUUCAGACAACCCCAAGUCUCAACUCAGGCGUCCUCUCUCUAUUUCCAUCAAUCUCUCUUUGGUCUCUACACGAUCCAUUAACAGACUCACAAUUUCUUAAAAGCUAAAAGAAAAAAAAAGAAUUAAAAAUUUUGAAAUAUAUCUAUCUAUCAAUUUAGAUUUCUAGGGUUUUUUUUUUAAAAUUUUGUUUUGGUUUUUGCUUCUUAGCUGGCGAUAUAAAUCAGUGUGUUGGAUGAUUUAAAUCAAAUUCUCGCUCGAUUUUCGUCAAUUUAUCAGUGUGUUGGAGCUCAGAUUCGUAGCUCCAAGCAUGUGAAAUUCUAGCAUUUGCUGUUGGUUGUGAGGCAUAUAGGAUUCCAGCACACAAUCCAGACAUUUCCAAAGCUUCUCUAUUGUGAAUCAAGUGUUGGAUUAGAGAACCAAAUCCUUUAUUGGUGUCAAGCUCAAUAGGUUCAGUAUGGUAUUUGGAAAUGGUUUGCCUUAGAAAAACUUGCCAACUAGUACUUUAGAUCUUAGAAAUUUGAAAAAUGCCUUCAUGGUGGGGAAAGUCAUCGUCCAAAGACGUGAAGAAGAAAACAAGCAAGGAAAGUUUAAUUGAUACCUUACACCGAAAAUUUAAGAUUCCAUUAGAAGGUAAACCAAACUGUAGGUCAGGCGUAUCACAAAUACGUUGCAAUGACACAAUUUCAGAAAAGGGAUCUCAAUCUCGAGCAGAAUCUAGGUCUCCUUCACCUUCUAAACCGGGUUUUAGGUGUCAAAGUUUUACCGAAAGGCCUCUUGCUCAUCCACUGCCACUUCCUGAUCUGCACCCUGCAAUUGUGGGUCGUACAGAUUCUGGAAUUGGCAUAUCAUCAAAAGCAAGGCCAGAAAAAGGCUCCAAGUCAUCAUUAUUUCCGCCUCUCCCAAGACCUGGAUGCAUACAUCAUAGCCCAAAUCCUAAUGACUUCGAUGGAGAUUAUGUUACUGCUUCGGUUUCCAGUGAGAGCUCUGCUGAAAAUGAUGAUCCCACUGACUUGCAUCAUCGUAGUCCCCGAGCAACUGAUUAUGAAAAUGGGACUAGAACUGCUGCAAGCAGCUCUUCCAGUUUGAUGCUCAAGGAUCAAUCCUCUACAGUCAGCCAAAGUAACUCCAGAGAGGCAAAAAAACAGGCUAACAUUUCAUUUGGUAAUAGUAUCUCUCCAAAAUCACCUAAAAGGAGACCUUUAAGCAAUCAUGUGCCAAAUCUACAGAUCCCACAUCAUGGUGCUUUCAGCAAUGCUCCGGACAGCUACAUUUCAAGUCCUUCUAGAAGCCCAAUGAGAGCUUUUGGCACAGAGCAAGUAAUGAACUCUCCUUUCUGCACAGGAAAGACUUAUACUGAUGUCACUUUGCUUGGAUCUGGCCAUUGCUCCAGUCCUGGGUCAGGUCACAAUUCUGGGCAUAAUUCAAUGGGUGGAGAUAUUUCAGGACAGCUAUUUUGGCAACAAAGUAGGGGCAGCCCUGAGUAUUCUCCAAUACCUAGUCCCAGGAUGACCAGUGCUGGUCCCAGUUCUAGAAUUCAUAGUGGUGCUGUCACUCCUAUUCAUCCUAGAUCAGCAGGCACAGUUACUGAGUCACAUACUAGCUGGCAUGAUGAUGGAAAACAACAAAGUCACAGGUUGCCCCUUCCUCCCGUAACAAUUUCCAAUUCUUCUCCUUUCUCCCAUUCAAACUCAGUAGCAACAUCUCCCUCCAUGCCACGAAGUCCAGGAAGAGCAGAGAAUCCUGUAAACCCUGGGUCACGCUGGAAAAAAGGAAAGCUUCUGGGUAGAGGCACAUUUGGACAUGUUUAUGUUGGUUUUAACAGUGAAAGUGGUGAGAUGUGUGCAAUGAAGGAGGUUACGUUAUUUUCUGAUGAUGCCAAGUCAAAAGAAAGCACUAAGCAGUUGAUGCAGGAAAUUGCUUUAUUGAGCCGCUUGUGGCAUCCAAACAUUGUGCAAUACUAUGGGUCCGAAAAGGUAGAUGACAGACUAUACAUAUACCUUGAGUAUGUAUCUGGUGGGUCUAUUUAUAAACUCCUCCAGGAGUAUGGGCAGCUUGGUGAACUAGCAAUUCGCAGUUAUACUCAACAGAUUUUGUCUGGCCUUGCCUACCUACAUUCUAAGUCUACUGUCCAUAGAGAUAUUAAAGGAGCAAACAUACUGGUAGACCCUAAUGGUCGUGUUAAGUUGGCAGACUUUGGGAUGGCAAAGCAUAUUGCAGGGCAGUCAUGUCCACUUUCGCUUAAAGGAAGCCCUUACUGGCUGGCCCCUGAGGUUAUAAGGAACUCAAGCGGUUGCAACCUUGCUGUGGAUAUAUGGAGUCUUGGAUGCACUGUUUUGGAAAUGGCUACAACAAAACCUCCUUGGAGUCAAUAUGAAGGGGUUGCGGCUAUGUUCAAGAUUGGAAAUAGCAAGGAACUUCCACCUAUUCCAGAUUACCUCUCAGAUGAAGGAAAAGAUUUUGUGCGGCAGUGUUUGCAACGCAACCCACUACAUCGUCCUACAGCAGUUCAGCUUUUAGAUCACCCAUUUGUAAAGUAUGCUGCACCUUUGGAAAGGCCUAUUCUGGAUCUUGAGCCCUCAGGUCCAACCCCUGUUGUGACAAAUGGGGUGAAAGCUCUGGGCAUUGGGCAAGCAAGAAACUACUCCUCCUUGGAUUCAGAGCAACUUGCUGUUCAUUCAUCCAGAGUUUCAAAACUGCAGGCUAGUGAUAUCAAUAUUCCAAGGAAUGUAUCUUGCCCUGUUUCACCCAUAGGAAGCCCUCUUUUGCAUUCAAGGUCACCGCAACAUCUGAAUGGAAGAAUGUCUCCUUCUCCCAUAUCUAGCCCGCGGACUACUUCAGGCUCAUCUACACCUUUGACAGGUGGCAGUGGGGCUAUACCUUUUGGUUAUCUGAAACAAUCAGCGUACAUGCAAGAGGGUUUUGGAAGCAUUCCAAAGCCCUCAAAUGGUCUUUAUGUCAGUGGCUCCUCUUAUCACGAUACAAAUCUUGACAUUUUUCGAGGAUUGCAACCAGGUUCUCAUAUCUUUUCUGAACUGGUGCCAUCAGAAAAUGAUGUUUUAGGAAUUGGAAGAUCGGUUCAUGGGGAAUCUUAUGAUGGACAGUCUGUAUUAGCUGAUCGUGUUUCUCGACAGCUUCUGAAGGAUCAUGCAAUGAUGAGCCCAUCCCUGGAUCUAAGUCCCAGCUCUCCUUCACCCAAUUGGAGUGAUAUUAUCUAAAUGCAAUUCUGAAGACUCACUGAGCAGAAUGUCUUUCGGGUCUGAUGGGAUCAAUUUGUAUUCAUCACUUUUACUGUCUAAGGAAGCAAAUCGUUCAAUAUGGAACCAGAACAGAAAUUUGAGGAAUAAGGUUGAAGUGCAGGGUGGUGAGGUGGCUGUUGACUGAUUGGUCAUUUGCAAUGGAUCAGGUUUAGGCUCAAUGAGUUGUGAUUGAUAAAGCUAUGGACAAAUCGAUUCCAGUUAGAUGUUCAAUAGACCAUUUAUUCAGGUGAAACUAUUAGUGGAAAAUAAGAAUAUUUCUGUUAUAAGUGGUUAUAUAAUUUGGCGCGGAAUGAAUCUGUACAGAGUUGAGUGUGUAAAUCAACUAAUGCUUGACUGAAUUGUGGUGGUGAAAAGUUUGUUGGCGGGCUUCUGAUUAUAUGAUGUAUUAAAUUACUUGAGUAUGGCCAAAAGUCUUGGCUGCAAGAAUUUUAUAUUCUUUAAGCUCAUCAUAAAGGGGGAAGAGCUAAGUUGGCCAAUCAUUAGCUUUCUUGCAGUUAUUUGGUCAGGUUUGACACAGUUGUACCGAUGUUGAAUAGCUGAAUGGGAAUUCCAAGUUUUGUUAUGAAGCAGUAACAGGAUUGCUGAGCAUAUGCCUAGCUUUAGUCGUGAUGGUAUAUGCCACAGCUCUAUUGUAAUUGUUAUGUUCUGCUCUACCUGAUUUAUUGUACGUACAUUACCAUUUUAGUAAAUUGAAGAAAUCUAAUUCCGUGGUCCUGCAUCUUAGAUCUUUAGUGGUU